UCGAAAUGGACCGUUGCUGUCGUCGUUACGCUUGGUGUUGGGUUAUUGUGUUGUUGGUUGCGAUCGGCAGGAUCGAUGGUUCCGCAGCAGCUGUGUACGAGGAAGCCAGAACGGAAAGCUUUGAGAUCGUUGCUAGUGAACAAGAAAACGAGCAAACAGUGGUAGUUGCCACUACAACCGCUCAAAGUGAGCCGCUUAGAACGAAGUGUCAAUCUAGCGAACAAGAAAAUGACUUUUACGAUGGCUUGGAUGGUUGUCUUCAAGAAGGAGCCGAAAAACUCGAUUACAUACACGAUCACACUGUUACGGAUGAGGAUCAGUUGACCUCAGAUGAGGAUCAGAUGAGUAGCACGGUGCCGAGUACGACAACGGUGGAAAAUACAACGGCAGCUAGUACGACAGCGGAACCACCAUCGACGACGACCGAAAACCGUGGCCGAAUGGUGCGAUUCGGUACAAGAAGGCGUGGUGCUGUUACUAGGGCAACACCAACCGGUGAGCCAAAGAAAAGACCUACGACAACUUACGCUAGCGUCCGUACCGUGCAAAGCCGUCGUGGUCUAUUCAAUCCGGAAUUACGCAAUCGAUAUCUGGGCCGGUUCCGCAGCACGACAACGGUUACUCCUGAUAGCAGCUAGUGAACAGGUGCUGAAGAUAUCAAUAAAAGGCA